AUGGUGGCGAUCCCCUGUUUCAUGUCCCUCUCGUCUGUACCAUCUUCCAUUGAACCCAGAGUGAAGUGGUCAGUGGUGUCCGGAGGGAUAGAAAAACAGAUUCUAGUGGCGCGGGAUCAAAGGGUAAAGGUCAAUGAGGCGUUUAAAGACCGUGCGGCGUUACUAAACUACACCUCAUCUUCGGAGGACCUGACGCUGUGGCUAUAUGAUAUACGCUCUAGUGACUCAGGGCAUUACCGCUGUGAGGUGCAGCAGGGUCUGGAGGACGACAGUGACAUCGUGCAACUAAAGGUUAAAGGUGUGGUCUUCCACUACAGAGAUGCGAUGGGCCGUUAUGCCUUCUCCUUCCCUCAGGCCCAGAAAGCGUGUGAGUCGAUUGGAGCGGAAAUGGCAACUCCCGAUCAUCUCCUUGCAGCUUAUCAUGACGGAUAUGAGCAGUGCGACGCAGGCUGGCUAGCAGACCAAUCUGUCAGGUACCCCAUUCAAAAGCCACGUCAAGGUUGCUUUGGAGACAUGGAUGGGCGUCCUGGUGUGAGAAACUAUGGCACGAUGGACCCAAACAGCUUAUAUGAUGUGUACUGCUAUAUCGAUCACAUGGAUGGUGAGGUGUUUUUUCAGCCGGUACCACAGCAGUUGUCCUUCCCAGUAGCGCAGACAUAUUGCAGAGCGUUGAAGGCAGAGCUCGCCUCCACGGCUCAGCUGUAUUUGGCCUGGAGCGAGGGCAUGGACCGCUGCAGUCCCGGGUGGCUGUCGGACGGCAGUGUGCGAUACCCCAUUGUCACCCCCAGGGAGCGCUGUGGAGGCUCGCAGCCCGGAGUCAAAACUGUGUACCUCUUCAGCAACCAGACUGGAUUCCCCGAACCAUCAAGUCUUCAUGAUGUUUACUGCUUCAGAGGAAAUGGCACUGCUCCCUCUGCCCUUCACUACUUGCCCGCUGAAUCUGAGGACAUUGAGGAGAGCGUUGUUAUGUUCACAGAAAAAGAUGAAGAACUCAAACUGCACCAAACUGAGAAAGUGGAGAGAGAGGCCCUGAGCUUUCUAGAGUCAAUUUCAGUAUUUUCAGCUCCUGCAACUGUGAAAACCCCUCCUGUAGCAAACACAAAUGAAUCUAGCCACAACACAACAACUGAACAAGAUCCUACUGAUUCAAACAACACAACAGCUACAGAAAUACCAGAGUUAGAUGAAGAAUCAGUGGAGAAUAAUAGUACAAUUCCUGAAGAUGGUGAUAUUAUUGACAUUGAAGAAAGUGUUAACUCAACUUUUGUUAAGGCAGAAAAUCAAACUACAAUCCCACAUGUUUUGGUAACUAGCAGAAAUUACAAUCUAAGUCAUGAUAAUGAGACACAACAUAUUUUAGAAUCUAUCUUUGAGCAGCUUGAAAACGUCACUGCAAUUUCUGAUUUCAAAAAUGAAACAACAGCUACUAAAGAGCCUGAACUAGCUGAGAUUGAGGAGUCAGUGCAAACAAAUGUCACAGAAGUAGACAGCUCGGAAGAUCCCAUAGAGGAGGUUAUGAUGGAGGAGACCAAUACAACUACAAUACCCACAAUGCAGCUGGAGGAGUCUAAAGUUGAAGAACCAGUGGAAAUCUUACUGUUGACAGAAGCACCAGAAAAGAGCGAAGACAUUUUGACGGAACCAACUCAAAUGGCAACAUCUUCCACUGAAGAGCUGAUAACGUGGAUUUCACAAGACGGAUCUGGAGAUGAGUCCCAAGAGAUUGACACGAAUGUUACAACUAUGGCCAUUCUUGCCGGUCCUGAAACUUUGGGCAUGUCAAGUCCAUCUGCACCAUCAGACCUGCCCAGUGUCACACCAACCCACCAAACAGCCCUGAAUCUGACCACUUCACCUGCAGAAGAGAUUAAAAACACAAGUGCAGAAUCUGAAGAUGCAGCUGUGGUUGAAAGUGAAGAAAUUAAACUCAUCACAACCACCAAUUCUGACAACCUUUUAGACUCUACUGUAAGUUUUGGUACCACAGAGUCUACACAAGUGUCCUAUUCCUCUAUUAAACCAAACUACAGGGAGUAUUUAGAGGCAGUGACCGGUGUAUUUCAAGAGGCAAGUGGUCAAGAACCUGAAACUGCACUGCCAAAUCUGGAUGAGCCUACACCAACUAUGGAAGAUAACAUCACUUUCACCAGCCAAAAUGGUCUGGAAGGAGAAUCUCUAGAAGAUGAAAAUGCAACUAUUGACAAUAAUGAGGAAAAUUUUCAUCAAGGAGCGGCCAAUUCUACGUUUGAUGACGAGAAUGAAGUCAGCCAAGAUAACGUUACAGCAAGUUCAAAUUUUGAAACAACCCCGACUGAAGAAAUUCUUGCAGUUGUCACAAGUAUUGAAGACGAACUUUUAGUCAUGCCUACCAACGACAAAAAUAACUCCUCAGCAUUUUCCAAUGACUCACAAACCACGUACUGGACAUCACUGACCACUACAGCUAGACCCCAGGAACAUGAGUAUAAUAGGAAAACCUCCACAUUGUCCCAUCACAACUCGGCCAAAACUACUACAGCUAGACCGUACUGGACCAGGCGCACCCCUUUAACCACUGCAGUGCCAAAAGUGACCCACGGGACCUCAUCUCCCCAAACAGUGACAGUGCACAUCCCCCCAGUGGAUACUGGCCGGGCGGACCACAAAUUUAGUCUGACCCCGCCCCCCUCACUGCAUAUCUUACCUGUAGAGAGGGCAGCUAUAGGCGGAACAGGGAAAAUAUCAGAUGGGUGCCUCAAUGACCCAUGUCUGAACGGAGGGACGUGCACAGAUCAAAAUGGACAGAUCAAAUGCCUCUGCUUACCCACAUAUGGAGGAGAUUUCUGUCAGACAGACCUGGAACAGUGUGAGGUGGGCUGGGAUAAGUUCCAGGGCUACUGUUACCGUCACUACGGGCGCCGUCUGAGCUGGGAGGUGGCGGAGCAGCACUGCCGGACGAUGGGGGCGCAUCUAGUGUCCAUCAUGAGUCCUGAAGAGCAGGGCUUUAUCAACAAUUUCUACAAAGAGUACCAAUGGACUGGUUUGAAUGACAAGGCAAUUGAGGAUGAUUUCCGCUGGUCGGAUGGCAACCCUCUGCUGUAUGAGAACUGGUACAAGGGGCAGCCUGACAGUUACUUCCUCUCUGGGGAGGACUGUGUGGUGAUGGUUUGGCACGACAACGGACGCUGGAGCGAUGUGCCCUGUAAUUACCACCUGGCCUAUACCUGCAAGAAGGGCACCUCUUCCUGUGGUCCACCUCCCAGAGUCAGAAAUGCCUCCAUAUUUGGAAAAGUUAAACAGAGGUAUCCCACAAACGCAGCUGUCCGCUAUCACUGCUCCGAGGGCUUCCAGCAGAGACUCAACCCCCUCAUCAGGUGUCUGUCCGGGGGCAAGUGGGAAAGACCCCAGAUCCAGUGCAUCCCUGGUACGAUCAGAAAUACCUGCUCAGGCCGCUCCAGAUGGGACGGCAUUGUGGCCCGGGACCCAUGGGUCAGAGGUCGACACAGAAAGGACGCGUGGCUCCAACUAAUUGAGGUCCACCUCCUAAAGACCAAGUGCGAGGUCCUUGACACCAGUUUGACCAAUGCAGAGCGCAGCAGGGGUCUGCGAGGGAAACCACGUAAUUAUGAAGAGAUUGUCCCAAAGCCUGCUGCUGCUAAUUAA